AGACUGCAUUCUGCAAUUCCCAAUGCAUAUGUAUAUCAUACUUGUGUGUAUGUUAUAUUCAUAUGUCUAGCGAGCAGCAGAGCACGGCCAGCUUCGAGUUACAGUCAUAUCUAAUGUAGAUUAGCAAAUAUCAUUUUACUCGUAUUAGUUACAAUUAAAUCACCUGCGAGAUGAUAUUCGCCGCCUUUUUAAUGAUCCAGCCGAUACAGAUUUAGCAAACUCAAAGUUGCGGAGUCGUUGGUGGGAAUCGCGAUAUUCGCGCGCGUAUCCGCGACCGAGUGGUGUGUCAAGUCAGUUGUUUUCAAGAUGCCAAGAAAACGCAAACUUAGCGAUUGGAGUCGAAGGUGCCGGUUUUGUUUGAGCCUUGAGCCCAGCUCGAGUGAAUUGUUCGUUGACAAUCUCGGUGAUGCUGUCAAAGAUGUUGCCAAAUGCACUGACAUCGAGAUCAUUCAAGAGCCUUCUUAUCCAAACAAAAUAUGUUAUGCCUGCCACUACAAGUUAAAUAUGUGGACUGAAUUCAAAACUAAGUUUAUUAAUAGUCACAAAAGCAUAAUAUCAUACUUGAAUGUUAUGAAUCAAAAUGAAGAAUCUAAGAUUGAUGAAGGUGUCAUCAACUUAUCAGAAAAUGCCGCCGAAACCUCACCUGCAAAAAGUCAAUCACAUCCAUAUGAUAGUUCUACAUCUGUACGUAAAUUAACACGAUCACGUAAACAAAAACAGCAUGAGAGAUUUGCUAAACGCUGGGUUCAACGUAAAAAUGCCCUUAAAAAUGCUAGGGGUGAAAAAUCGUCAGAAAGUGAUUCAGAAGAUAAUUCGAAUUUGUCACCGAUUCAAAAAGUUCAACGUGACUUAGGAAAAAAGAAGCGCGUAGAAAAAGCUUUAAAACACCUUCAUACUGAUUUGACUGAUAAAUACAAGCUAACUUAUAUUGAUGAUGGUAAUGGAAAGCCUAUUAGAAGAACAAGAAAAGUAAGAGUUGGUGAAUCUAUUUAUCGUUGGCAAACAGUUGAAUGGUUAUCAAAAUGGAUGAACAAAAAACCUGAUGAUGAAAAACAAGCAUUAUUGGAACAAGAUGAAAGAACAAAAAUAGAAAUGAUUGAAAAAGUCAUGGGUAAAAGCAUUCAUGAGAUUGAUACAGAAUAUAUCAGAGAAUUUGAAAAAGCAAAUAACGUCCAACUAUUAGAACCAUCAGUACCAAUAGCUUCAAUGAAAUAUGUAGAUUAUGAGGAGUCUUCUAUACCAGAUAAUACAAAAAAGUAUACUUCAGAUGAUCCAGAACCAUAUGUCCCAAUGAGUUUAAAAAAAUUAAAAUUGUCAAUGUCUAAAGACAAUACAAUACCACAUAAUUCAGAUAUAAAUGAUAAACCAAAAGAAAUAGAAAAUAACCCCAAUAAUGACUUGAACAUUAUUAGUGAACAAGUGAUCGUACCAAAAAAACCACCCUUUAAACCUCAAACUGUUACUGUAGAAUUAACAAUUGGUAAUGCUACGUAUAUAGUUAAAACAAAACUAGAUUUGCCAAGUUCAAUAGAAGAAAAUUCAGUUAAUAAUAAUUUGAAAUCUAAUGGGUUAAGUGCAGCCUCUUCAGGAAAAGUUAAUGAUAAAAAUGAUGUCAUGAAUGCUGUACAAUUGCAAAGAAUAAAACCAAACGAAGAAAAUUCAAAAGAAGUAAAGCCACCUUCUGAAAAAAUGGAAUCCCAAAGAUGUUUAAAAGUUGAAGUUGAAGGUUUAGAAGCACAAGCUUUACAGCGAGUUCAACUAAGUUUGGCUAAUUUUGUAACAAACGAAAUACCUGAUCUUCUCACAAACCAAUCGUCAUCAUUAAAUAAGAAGCUAAAAAAACCUAAAUUUAGAGAUUCUUAUGAGAGUCUAGAAUAUCAGUUACGAAACAUUGUAGAAAGAGUGUUGCGGAGCAAUUAUCAAAUAGAACAAGAUUUAGCAGUUAAAAAUGAACUAACAAAAGAAUCGAUACCAUCAAAUACUACUAAUCCAAAAUUAAAUGUAUUAGAAUAUGAGUCAAGUUUAAUGCAGCCAACAGUUUUAAUAAAAAAAUUAAACAUUGAUCAGAUACAGAAAAAAUAUUCAAUAAAUAAUUUGAAAGUUCUUCAAAACAAUAAAAAAGACAAAGAUAAUAGCAGCCCUUUAAUAAAUAGAAAACCAGGUAAAAGAAAAUUAGUAAUGCCCAGAAAAUUUGACGAUUUCUCUGUCAACUUGCCACCUGGUUCUGAUGAUGAUAUUCGUAGACCAAAAAAAUCAAUACCCGAUGAUGGAUUUCGGAAACGUAGGAAGUCAAUGGCUGAAGAUAUUAAGAAAAUAAAAAAAGAAUCUCAAUCAAAUUUGAUAUUAGGAAGUCUUAUUCUAGAUCCAGAUUCAAAUAUCGAGAGUUCUAAUGAUGGUCAUGUAGAAGUUGAUACUAUUCGCAAUGUAAUAUUAUCCAACAAGGAUACUCUAUACUCAAAAUCAACAGACAAAUACUCUUCAAAAAGCUUAGAAUAUACUCAAAUUAUUGAAGCUAUGAGUCCAAUGGAAAUGUCUUCUACAGAAAUUGAAGUUUUAGAACCACUUCAAAAACCUUUACCAAGUUUCGGUCGUAUAACAAAAAGAGUAGAUAAGACAGCAAAUUCAACAACAAAAAAGCCAAAGCUGUCUAAAGAUUCAUCGCGACAUUUAUGUGGCAUUUGCAGUAAAGAAUUCUUGACAAAUGAAGCAGCACAGGUUCAUAUGAUUCAACAUGCAAAUGAUUCAAAUGUAUCAAAAACUCUUUCGCUGCCAAAGACAAUUGGAAAACCUAAAUCUGUAAAUUCAUCUACUUUAAAACCAAAUUUAACAAAAGGAUCUACUGGUAAAACGAUCAUGUCACCUAUGAGAACUAUGAACAAACAGUCACCUGUAAAUAGAAAAAUUAAUUCACCAAAAUCAUUAACAAAUGGAGAUAACAAGUCAUGUACUCUUUCAAAAAUGCAAACAAAAGCUAAGCUUAUGAGAUGUAAAAGAUGCCAAGCCAUUGUUGAAGCUAGACAUGUUAAAUCACACGUUUGCAAUUCAGUUAAAUACAAUUGUAAUCGUUGUGAAUGCAGUUUUGGUGCUGAACAUUUAUUAGUUGCUCAUCUUGAUACUCACAAAGAAAGAGCUGCUGAAGAAAGAGCUGCAGAAGAAUUAAAAAGAAAAAAAUCACAGUUAACUGAAAAGACCUCUACACAUGUUUCCUCAGAAACCGAAAUGUUUUCGUGCUUUGUUUGUGAAAAAAUAUUUGUUGACGAAGAACAAAUGAAAGACCAUUUACAAAUGCAUUGUGAUGAAACUAGUGAGGAAGGGAAUGAAAAAGGUUUUCAAUGUGCAUUUUGUUGUGAAAAGUUCCAAACCGAAGAAUCCCUGGAAACUCAUGUCGGAAAUCAUUUGUUAGAAGAUGGGGAUGAAAAAAUUAGCAUGCUGAUUAAUCCUGAAAUGAAACGAAGUGAGGAAAAAAAAGACAGUUCGAACAGUUACAAAUGUGAAUUGUGUGACGCAGAGUUUACAACGUCACAUUUCCUUUCUAUGCAUGUAGCUGAGCACGAAGAACAAGAGGAACAUAUUGCACUUGAACAAGAAUUUGUGUGCUCGGUAUGUGACGAAGUUUUUGAUUCACCUGAUGAAUUGAAUGAACACCAAGAAGUACAUACUGGUAAUUCUCAUGUCUGCAUGCUCUGCGAAAAAAUGUUUGCUACUAUUGAAGAAUUACAAGUUCACGUAUCAACUCAUCAGUAAUAAAUUGGAAUUAUUUUUCCAAACAGAUGCAGUCUUCAAUUUAUUUGAAUCAGCAUGCAUCUUAGGUUUGAUUACUCAAAAGAUAUUAAUAAAAUUAAUAAGUUACUUUUAUUCAAAAUAAAAUAUUUUAUUGGUCAUAUAAACUGCGAAACGGGCCAAAAUACGAAGUGACCUAUAAAAUUUAUUGAUAAAACAUGUAUAUUUGAAUAAAAAGUUAAAGUUUUAACUAUAGAUGUGUAUAGUAUAUCUGAAAUAAGUCAAAAACAAAGUGUAACAUUUGAAUUGAAUAUUUAGUAAGUGAAACAGUUGUCCAAAGUCAAGAUAUUUUAUGUAAAAUAUUGCUGAUAAAUGUAUAUUUUUAUUUUCUUACUAUAGUGGUCGAUUCUUUGUACAAAAACUUACAUUAUUAUAGUAAAUCUAAUAAACUAGUAAUAUAUUAGUUCACGAUUGUAACUAAUAUAAAAAUAAA